UACAUGGGCGACGACACUGUAUCGACAGUGUACGCCGGCGAACUCCAAGGGAUCUCCCUGGCUCUCCAGAUCGCCCAGGGAGACAGAGGCCAAGGCAAUAUCAGAAAGAAAAUCUUGAUCUACACAGACAACCAAGCAGCAAUCAGGUCGGUGGCGAGGCCCAGGGGCAAAUCGGGGUCAUACCUUCUCCAAGACAUAACGCAGCGAAUACAGGAACUACGAACGCAAGGCUUGGCCGUCGAGAUCCGAUGGUUCCCAGCCCAC